UAUGCAACAAAGCAAAUCAGCUGUUCAGGUCAAAAAGAAAAAAUACAAAACUUUAAUCACAACAAUUUAAGUUUAACAAUAAGUUUGCUUUAAAAACUUAGUUUGUUACUUACAAUAUGUCAACUCGUUGGUAUCCCAUCUAUCAGCGUGGCAAUCCACAGUUACGUGUUUUCCUGCCAAACUUCUGGAUGAAACUUAUACGUCCAACAGAGCCGCAGCCCAAUAAUGUAGCUACCUUCUCGGUAUCAAUGGAGAUGACCAAAUAUGAUGUCAAGAAUUACUUGGAGAAGAUCUAUAAAAUUCCUGUAAUGGAUGUACGCACCCGUAUUGCAAUGGGAUCGACAAAGCGUGAUUCCACUUAUGGUUAUGUGACUAAAAACGAUGACAUGAAGAUAGCUUAUGUAACUAUGCCAAAAGAUAUGGAGUUCAAAUUUCCUGAUAUAUUUGCCAAGAAGGAAGAAACCAAGAAAGCUGAAGAUAAAGCCAUGGACGAUUCAAAAGAAGGUUUUAAGAAAUUUUUGGAUCGCAACAAAAAGCGUCCUGGUACACCCGGCUGGUUUUCAAUUUAGUUAAAAUAAGACUAAUAAAUAGGUUAAUUUGUUGGUUAAAUGGCUAAGUAUUUUAUUUCAUAGCAUAAAUACGGACAGACGUCUUGACAAAUAAGCAUAAUUGAUAAUAAACACAAUGAUAAAGAUUCUCUAGCCUAACCUA